ACCACUGCUGCAUGUACCCCUACAGAGGGAUGCUAAAACUGAGCAUCCUGACAACACACGCACACAUUCAAAAUAACAUACACCGUAUUGCACACACAGACUCAAAAUAACACACACCAUGUUGCAUACACUCUCAAAAUAACACACACUGUAUUGUGUGCACACACUCAAAACAACACACACCGAAUUGUACUUACUCACUCAAAAUAACACACACCAUAUUGUACGUACACACUCAAAAUAACACACACCAUAUUGCACGCACACACAUUUAAAAUAACACACACCAUAUUGCAUGCACACACUCAAAAUAACACACACCCUGCACGGACACACUCAAAAUAACACACAACGUAUUUCAUGCACACACUCAAAAUAACACACAACCACUCAGAACAAGACACAUGUACAAUGUCACACUCUCAUAGAGAACAUACACACUCAACCCUCCUGUCUGCACACCCUGUUUCCAUUGCAAAUGGAGUGCUUUGGCGUGGGCCCUUAGAUCCUCAAAAGGUUAUACAGCUGCACCAUUGAGAGUAUCUUGACUGGCUGCAUCUCCUCUUGAUAUGGCAACUGCUUGGCAUCCGACCAGAAGGAACUACAAAGGGUAGUUUGUACAACCCAGUACAUCACUGGGUCCGAGCUCCCUGCCAUCCAGGACCUCUAUACCAAGCCGUCAAAGGAAGGCCCUAAAAAUUGUCAAAGACUCCAGCCACCCAAGUCAUAGAAUGUUCUCUCUUCUACCACACAGCAAGCGAUACGAUGCACCAAGUCUGGAACCAACAGGACCAUGAAUGGCAUCCAUUCUCAAGCCAUAUACUGCUCAAUAGUUAACCAAAUACCUACGCAGAUCAUCUGCAUUGACCCCCUUGUGCACUAAAAAUUUGAAUAAUCACAUUAGCUGCUGCCCCCGCAUAUUAUCAAUCCUGGUGCCUCAUCUUUAUCCCUACCUACAGUAUACAGUACUUACAUAUUUACCUCAAUUACCUCGUACGCAUGCACAUUGACUCUGUGCUGGUAAAGAGACAAAUAAUCGUUACUCACUGUGUUUUUAUUUCUUGUGUUAUUAGUUUUCUAUUUUGUAUUUUAUUGUGUAUCUGCAUUGUUGAGAAAGGCCCGUAAGUAAGCAUUUCACUGUUUGUGUCCACUUGUUGUUUACAAAGCAUGUGAAAAAUAACAUUUUAUUUGGCCUGUUUUUUUUGGGCUCCCGAACAUAAAAUUACACAAUUGUCAUACAUCUGCACCAGCGCAUUCAGAGCAGAGCCGAAUAGCAAUCAGCCACGCUUUGCCCCGUGACUCUUAGUGGCUGUGAUAGCUUUGUCUCCUCCAUCCUCUUAUCUCCACGCUUCUAAUGGUUACAUAGUUUUACACCCAGCCCUGCCACAGCACAGCUGAACAGAGCAUUAUGUUAUAUCACUAGGCUAGCUCCCUACAGCAAAUGUGUUCCGGGGGGGCUAAACGGUCAGCCAGCUAUUUCUCUCAUUUCAAUCUCCUUGUGUUCUAUGAAAAAGAGAGAGAGUGUGGUGAAUGUAUAAUGUAACUUGUGUUAUCAUUGCUAUCUCUGCACAUUGAGACAUUAUUUAAACAUGGCUAAUUUGCCGGUUUGAAUAGAAUAGCAAUCUGUACAGUUUCCAUCUCUUUAUUAUCUGCUCAGCAUUGCAUGAGCGAAGUUCAGGGAGUGAAGAAGAAGACUUACCAGAUGGAAUGGUCAAAGUAAAUCAAGUAAACAACACAUCAAGCUAUGAAAGAUGAAUAGACAUGUUUUGUUUGUCCCUAAACCUCCCAGCAAUGCUUACAUUGCAGAUUAUGUUUAUAGACGCACACGUACACACACGCACGCACGCACGCACGCACGCACGCACGCACGCACACACACACACACACACACACACACACACACACACACACACACACACACACACACACACACACACACACACACACACACACAGCAUCUCAUCACAGAUGAUCAUGUCAGCAGACACCUUGUUUCCUGCUUAAAAUGGAUCACUUUGUAAUGGUAGUUGUGAACUUUACCCCAAAGUCAACAUAUAGGCUGACAUACCAUUCAUGCUGUUCUACAUGUGAUAUCAAAUGAUAAUAACAGGUGAUGAUGGUGAUGGAUACAUUACUCUUAUUUUUAUUUAUCAACUUCCAUUAUAACAUGUAGCUGGGCUGUACUAUUUUUUAUAUGGAUAAGAGGUGAAUCAGGUUUGGAAAUAGAAAAUAACCAAACAGGUAAUUCUAGCCACCUGCAGUCUCCCCUCAGCUGUUCCUUAUCCAAAGUAAACUCAGACCUCUCUCUCUCUCUCUCUCUCUCUCUCUCUCUCUCUCUCUCUCUCUCUCUCUCUCUCUCUCUCUCUCUCUUUCUCUCUUUCUCUCUUUCUCUUUCUCUCUCUCUCUUUCGCUUAGUUUGACGAUAGGUUGGUCUUAGGAGUGAUGUCACCCACUUCACUCCCGCAUGCACACAAAUUCCACUAGCAGUGUGUGUCUCGCAGUGCGCGCUGCCUCUUGUGCGUAACUGGCGACACAAGGCUUUAACAACAAAAAACUACAGCACUGCGCACGGGAAAGACCGAGAGAUAACAGAAACAACAUGUUGCUAAUGCUCCUGGAACGUUAGCCUAACAUGUAGACUUACUUAUCUGGUUUCCGGACUUUAUAGUGGCAACCACAUACUGGAUACGUUGUGGCCACGGAGCGAGCUGGGCUUGGGUCGCCAACAUUUUGCGGACCCUCUAUGGAACUGAAGAUGAGAGCAGCUCGCCAGGACGCAAUGGGCCCUCGGGUAUUUUACCAAUGUGCUCUAUAUCUGUUCACUGAUCACACAACCUCACGCACAGCGCGUCUCCACUGAUUACAUUCUCUAGGACUAAUGACUUGAUCAACAUUUGAAUGCUUCCAAGUUAAGUGUUUUGGGGCGGAAAGGCACACACUAAAAAUUAACCAAGAGAAGAUGCGUUCAGGAUGGAUGUAGCCAAGUUUACCACCGUUACCAAUACCUCGCAGGAUACCAACACCUCGAGCGCCCCAAGACCUCUCCCGCAAACGGAGGUGGGCUCCGCGCUCAUAAUCCUUGUGGUCACCGUGAUCAUUCUGGUCACCAUCGUCGGUAACGCGCUGGUCAUCGUGGCCGUGCUCACCAGCCGGGCUCUCCGCGCCCCCCAGAACCUUUUCCUGGUGUCCCUGGCGUGCGCAGACAUCCUCGUGGCGACACUGGUCAUCCCGUUCUCCCUUGCCAAUGAGGUCAUGGGUUACUGGUACUUUGGGAGCACCUGGUGCGCCUUUUAUCUGGCACUGGACGUCCUCUUCUGCACCUCCUCCAUAGUCCACCUGUGCGCCAUCAGUCUGGACCGCUACUGGUCAGUCACCAAGGCCGUGAGCUACAACCUGAAGCGGACCCCCAAGCGAAUCAAGUCCAUGAUAGCCAUGGUGUGGGUCAUCUCCGCCGUCAUCUCCUUCCCACCUCUCAUCAUGACCAAGCACAACGAGCAUGAGUGUCUGUUAAACAACGAGACCUGGUACAUCCUAUCUUCUUGCCUCGUGUCCUUCUUCGCCCCGGGCCUCAUCAUGAUCCUGGUGUACUGUAAAAUCUAUAAAGUGGCCAAGCAGCGCUCCUCCACCGUGUUCGUGGCUAAGACCGGCCUGGAGAGGCAGCCCUCUCAGUCCGAGACGUGCUUCGUGAGGAAGGAGCGGAUGGAGAUGGAGAGCCCCAGUAGCCAGAGCUCCGAGGACCACCACAGGCAGGAGGAGCUGGAUUAUAUCGACUUGGAGGAGAGCUGCUGUACGUCGGACAACAAACCACGGAACCACCGCUUCUCCAAGCGUAGGAAGGUGGAGGUCUCGGACUGCUGCCCGCCACAGAGCUGCCGUCUCUCCUGGGCCUCAGCGCGCGCCUCGCAGCUUUUCCAAGACCCACAAAACGCUACCAACGCGACCCUGGUGGCCCAGCGACAUCACCUCGCGGCACAUCGGCAUCACCUCGUGGCGGCUGCGUCCAAGACUAAAGUGGCCCAGAUGCGCGAGAAGCGCUUCACGUUCGUGCUGGCCGUGGUGAUGGGGGUGUUCGUACUCUGCUGGUUCCCUUUCUUUUUCACAUACAGCCUGCACGCGAUCUGCAGGGAGAGCUGCUACAUACCCGGCGCGCUCUUCAACGCCUUCUUCUGGAUUGGCUACUGUAACAGCUCAGUGAACCCUAUGAUAUAUACCAUUUUCAACAGGGAUUUCCGUAAAGCGUUUAAGAAAAUCGUAUGCCGGACUUCAAAACGCACUAAUACCACUUGAAAAGAAGGGUCACUUUGAAGCUGACUGACUGACUGUGCGUCACUGCUCAUCGAAACAGACGUCAGUUCUUCACCUAAGCACGCAUCCCUGCACCUCUGAAUGACUAUAUUCGUUCCAAAAGGAACGUUUUUAUUUAAUAAUAAUAAUAAUAUGAUAUCAAAAUAUCUCGUGUUGUGCGCUAAUGUGUGAAUAUUAGAAACAAUGUACAGAGGAAAUAGGAUAUAUCAAACAAAAGCAAAAUAGAGUAUUGUUAUUGAUGAUUUAAUAUGGCUCUACUGAAUCAUAUUGACCCCUGCUUUCAAAGUUAGGAAUUCGUUUAAUAUUCAGUGAGGUAACUCAUAUAUUUAGGCCACAGCAUAAUUCCAGGGCCUUUUUAUGACCCGUUCUUUUCUGUACUUUCAUUAAUCUUUUAUGUCCCAUAAAGAUAUGAAAAAAAUCUAGCUCAGAGUAAAAGUGAAGUCAUAACCCAGAUUUCGAGGCUGAUGGAGCUGUGUGUGUGGCACUGAGAGGUUUAGGUUUUUCAAAAAAAAAAUAUUCAUCAAACUGUCAUCAAUAAGACAUGAGAGAGACUGAGUUGACAUACAUUUUUUUUUAACUUGGACUUUUUCAAAGAAUCUCAAAACGCAUAAAAAGUCAAAUAACAAAACAAAAAGUUUAAAUUAUAGAAAUUGAAAGUGUCCGUCGGCUUCGGAUGAAGUUGAGGCAGUUUGGGCUGGAAAGGCAGUGUAGACUGAGUGUACAGUAGGUACACGGUUGUAGCAUCUACUUAGGCAUUUCUUUCAUGAGUAGCCAAACUAGUUAGGAAUGGCUGCAAUUGCUUGGUCGAGUUUAAUAGAGAUGUGUCAAAAUGUAAUUAACUUUGAGUCGUGUUUAAUCCAUUAUCUAAAACGGUAUCCGAUUAUGACUGAUGUCAGGUGAGUUGAUGACGCAGAUCUCUUUGAGUGGGCUUCGGGUCUCCCUCAUCGCUGAACCCCCAAAUGCAUGCGCUGUUAUCCGUGGUGCUGAAACGCCGAGCACUACGCCGAUGGCACUAUGCUGUGACGCGAAUGCGUGACAUGGCAUAUUCAAUGGUUUGCAAAACCAUAUAUGAACUGUUAUCAAUCAGAAAAAUAUAGUGAUAUGGGAAUAUAUCUCAUGAUAUCGUGCCUCAUUUAAACACUGUAUGUAAGCAGAUAGAUCGAUCAUGCUUGGCACUUUUGCUAAAAUGAAUAUUUCCUCAUAAGUGAUGAGAACGGAAGAUUGGGAGAAAUUGCCUAUGGUAUGAGCCACCUUAAUAGCAUAAACACAAUCUAAUAUGAUUUAUGCUGCAAUUAUUUUAAUCUUCAGCCAAAGAAGAAGCUAUUGGCCAGAAGAUUAAAAACAGACCUUGAAGUCAUUACUCAGACAUUAUUGAGUGGGCACCAUGUUUUAACCUUUGGAAAUAGAAAACUCAUGUCACUACAAAUGUGUCACUACAUGCUCCAUAAUUGUUUGUGUGUGUGUGUGUGUGUGUGUGUGUGUCACAGGCGGCUGGUGGCACCAUCAUUGGGGAGGACAGGCUAGAACGGCUUGUACUUAGCUGUAUAAAAAACACAUCAAACACAUAGUUUGAUACCAAUCCAUUCACUCCAUUCCAGCCAUUAAUAUUAGCUAUCCUCCCUUUUACCAGCCUCACCAUGUGUGCAUGUGAGAGACAGAGAGACAAAGAGAGAGAGACAAAGAGAGUGAGGGAGAAAGAGAGGGAGAGGGACAAAGAGAGAGACAAAGAGAGUGAGGGAGAGAGAGGGAGAGAGAGAGAGAGAGAGAGAGAGAGAGAGAGAGAGAGAGAGAGAGAGAGAGAGAGAGGGGGAGAGGAACAGAUUGAAAACAACUGCUACCUCUGUCUGUACGUUGUCUACUGCUACCUCGGUGAACGUCUUCAGCUUUAUGGUCUGCCAGGCCUCCGUUGAGAUGGAGCCAGUAUGGAUUCAACAAUGGAGUCACGUCGUUACCCAAGCUUUGCUCUCUAACCCACUUUGUUCUGUUUGAUAUUGCAGUAUUAUGCUUGGUCUAAUUUAAACAGUAGGCUGAAUGCUUUGAAUUCCAACUCUUUAUUUACUGUAUCUCCAUUUUUAAAACCAACAAAGCCUCAAGACUUUUCUACCAUGACAAAUAAAUCCACAAUUGGCCAUAUUGCAGACAGGAUCAACAUGAGAGUGAUUCAGUGAUGUCAAAGAAGACAUGUGCGUUAGAUCUAUAGAUGUGUUUGGAUGUGGAGACUGACAGCGAAUGUUGUCAUGGGUACAUCGUAUACUGUAGAGCUGCUAGGUGAAGGGUGAAUCAUUAGACGAUGUGGAGACUGACAAAUGACAUUAUGAGGAAAUAUGGGCUCGCGACUCUAAGGCUGUGGUUUUAAUACCCAGAGAAGCCACACACUUAUCAUGUAGGAUAAGAUGUAAAUGUUGCUUUGGACCUUUGUUCUAUAGAUAGCCAAUCAGAGCAUGUUACACUUGAACUGGGUCAUGUCUCAUGCUGGGUCGUUCAAGACAAAAAUAGGAUGUAAAAUUCAAAUACAGUAUUAUAGAGAAUAUGGUGAUAUUAGGGAUACUAGUGCAUGAGAAAAACAGAAUGUGGUCAGGGAGAGGGAAGCCAUCUUGGUUCUAUUGUCUGAGCCCUGGCAGGGGGUGAGAAAUAAAUACACUAUUUAUAUCCACUGAAGAAUGUCUUCAAAGUCCCAAUGCCAUCAGACGUAUUGGCAUGGUGCCAAACACACUAAACUGGACUAAGAGUAUUUAACAGUCAAGUGGCUGAGAAAAAUAAGAAAUCAAACAAUGCAUCAUUCGGUUCUCCUGGGUUUUACUGAAGUAGAAAUGAUUUAACAAGUUGUUUGCGUUUAUUCAGGAGGUGGUUGUAAGGGGCGGGAGUGAUCAGGCACUAUUUUUUGUGUCUAUUUUUAUCUCUAAGGGAGAUGGUUUCAAGAGUGCUGCAUAUUAUUUAUAAACAGAAAUAGAGAUUGCAUGAGAUAUGUAGGAUUGAUUUGACGAUGGAGACCAUAUAUUUAGCUCAAACACAUCUGCUGUUGGUGGAAUUCAUUCAAAUGUUUCACAUAAAUAGCUUUUUCCCCCCAGGUAUAACUCUUCACUUUUGACCUAAGAUUGAAUCAUCAUCAGCUUAAUUCCAAAACAAUUAUUUUCAAACCAGCAAGAUCACAGUUCUGUAAAUGUGUUAUUGGUGUGUAAUGUAAUUUAUCAAUGGAUAUAUACUCGAUGUAGCAUAUAUAGUGACUUCAGAAAGUAUUCACACUCCUUAACCUUUCCCACAUGUUGUUGUGUUACAGCCUGGCCUGUACACAAUACCCCAUAAUGUCAAAGUGCAAUUAUGUUUUUAGAAAUGUUUACAAAUGUAUAAAAAAUGUGAAGCUGAAAUGUCUUGAGUUAAUAAGUAUUCAAUAGGUAUUCUACCCCUUUAUACGGCAAGCCUAAAUAAGUUACGGAGGAAAAGAUUUGCUUCAUAAGUUGCAUGGACUCACUCCGUAUACAAUAAUAGUGUUUAACAUGAUUCUGAAUGACUACCUCAUCUCUGUACCCCACACAUACAAUUAUCCGUAAGGUCCCUCAGUUGAGCAGUGAAUUUCAAACACAUAUUCAACCAUAAAGACCAGGGAGGUUUUCCAAUGCCUCACAAAGAAGGGUACCUAUUGGUAGACGGGUGUAAAAAAAAAUAAAGCAGACGUUGAAUAUC